AUGGCGUCCCUCGAGGAGCUUCUUGAAAGCCUUCACUAUGUCUAUCCGGCUCUCGCUUUCACCUACUUCGUCAUUGCAUCCGCCGUUGCCGUUUGCACUCUCCAGACUCUCAAGGCCUCCAGCAACCCUGGGAAAGAAAACAUCCCGCGAUUGUGGAUCGUCAACCUCUUCGUCGCCUUCGUCCUGACCUAUGUCGCCCAGCUCUCCCUUAUCUUCAUUCAGUCCAUCAUCCGUCAAGAAUGGACCGGUCAAGAACACGAAGUUAUUGGACUCCUGUCUUGCGUUCUCGUCUUUGGAACCCAACUAGCUUUCCUGUCUGAUACUAAACAUCCAGUUUGGACUCCCUAUUGGGGCUCAUGGAUCCUCUCAAUCGUCCUCGAGCCCGUCAUUGCAGUGCCAGAUCUCAUCCUUCGCCACUCCAUCACCUUUGAGUACUGCCGCAUUGGCCAUCUUGCGUUUGCUGGCUUACGAUACUACCUUCUUCUCACCAUCUCCUCCAUCUACGUUGUUCAGCGCAUCCGAUCCACUCAGGAAGGGGCUUCAGACGAAGAAAGGCAAUCUCUUCUUGCUCAAGAUGACCCGAAGUCACGCCUCAACAGCUCUGGAAGCGGCAGUCAGAGCUCAAGCUCGGGCUACGGGUCGACCAACCAGCCCGAGUCUUAUUGGGAAGAGCGUCAGCGGAAGGCGCAGGAGGAGAUGGAGAAGCGCCUCCAGGAAGAGGGCAAUUGGCUCACAUAUAUCAAAGGCUUCACGAUUCUGUUCCCUUACUUCUGGCCUGUUGGCCAGAGGACACUACAGCUGCGUCUUAUCCUUGUUGGUCUUUGCCUCCUUGCCGGCAAUGCAUUAAAUCUGCUCAUCCCACGCCAAUUUGGUAUCAUUGUCGACGAACUCAAGGACAAAGAUUUCAGCAGCGCCUGGAUUGGCGUCGCCAUCUACGGCCUCCUGAGAAUUGCUGCUUCCGACGCAGGCAUCGAAUUUCUGCGAGAGUGGUUGUACCUUCCACUUGAGGUUUACGCAGAUGGGGCCUUGAGCACAGCUGCUUACCGACACAUCCUCAACCUUUCAGCCGAUUUCCAUGACUCAAAAAGCACAUCUGACAUCAGUUUGGCAAUGUACGGAGGUUCUAGCAUCUCCGACCUUCUGGAGUCCAUUUGUUUCCAGGCUCUCCCCAUGCUGAUUGACUUGGUUGUCGCCGUCGUCUAUCUUUCUGUCACUCUUGGCCCAUAUGAAGGGUUCAUUACUAUCACCACGAGCACCCUUUUUCUGUUCAUUGCCACCAAGAUGAUUUCUGUUAUGAAAGAGCGCCGAAGAGCUCAUGUGAAUGCUCAGUACGCUGAGCACUACGUACGCCAGACGGGCAUUUCAGGAUGGCACACCGUCGCUUCUUUCAACCAAACCACCUACGAAGAUGUACGCUACUCGAAUGCAAUCCACACUCGCAUCAACUGGACUAAGCGCGUACGCCUGGGUUGGUUCACUGCGCAAGCCUUCCAGUCUCUCGUCUUGCUGUGCGGCCUCCUAGCUGGCGCCGUUCUGGCUGUAUACAGAAUUAAGAACUCAAAGGCCACUCCUGGUGACCUGACCAUGUUGUUGAUGUACUGGGCUCAGCUUACAUCGCCUCUUCGUUUCAUGGCAAGCCUUGGAAAGAAAAUUGGAAGCGAUCUUAUUGAUGCUGAGAGACUGCUAGACAUCAUGAAGAAGCAACCCACCAUUGUUAACAAGAAGGGAGCCCGCCCGCUAAAAUUAAUUGAUGGCAACGUCGAUUUCAAUGAUGUCAGCUUCAGCUACGACAAGAAAAAGAAAAUCAUCAACGGAAUUAGCCUUUCUGUUCCCGGGGGCCAGACUGUUGCCUUUGUCGGUGCUACUGGCGCUGGCAAAUCCACCAUGCUGAAGUUGCUCAACCGAUUUUACGACUCCACUGAAGGAGCCAUUCUGAUUGAUGGACAGGAUGUCCGUGACGUUGACCUUCACAGCUUACGAGACCGAAUUGGUUUGGUUCCCCAAAACCCCGUCCUAUUUGAUGACACGAUUAUAAACAACAUCCGCUACGCAAGGAUCACGGCCUCGGACGACGAAGUGUUCGAAGCCUGCAAAGCAGCCUGUAUCCAUGAUAAGAUCAUGACUUUUACCGACGGUUACAGCACGCGAGUCGGUGAGCGUGGAAUCAAACUCUCCGGUGGCGAGCUCCAGCGCGUUGCCAUCGCCCGUGCUAUACUCAAACAGCCUGAAAUUGUCCUUCUUGACGAGGCUACGAGUUCUGUAGACACCGACACAGAGCAGAAGAUCCAGCAAUCAUUUAUGCAGCUUUGUAAAGGACGAACAACGUUCAUUGUUGCCCACCGGUUGUCGACCAUUAUGAACGCUGAUCGUAUUGUGGUAAUUGAAGACGGCGAGGUCGUCGAACAGGGUAAUCACGCCGACCUUGUCGUUGCAAAUGGCAGAUAUGCCGACCUGUGGUCAAAACAGACCUUCCUGAAGCCCAAGGAUGACGAGUCAGUUGACGGAAAGAAGCCCAGCAAUAGCAACGGCGAUGCCUCCGAGCCGGGUGCUGUCUCCACAACCAAGGCCGAUUCCGUUUCCCAAAAGAAUCAGGGCUCUCAGCCUACGCCAACUCAAAACGAUAAGGGCAAUCAGGCUCAGACCCCAGGUCACAAGAAAGAGGUAGAGUCAGCCGAAGAUUCGUCUUUGGCAGAUUCUAACCAAUGA